GUUAUUCGUCCCUCCAAUGGUUGCGGUGGUGACCAUGUCAACAAGAGGGGGAGUGUUUCAUCACUACCAGUUCUUGAAAUGAAGAUGAUACUUUGAACGACUUGCUACACCUGAUUCCAUACCACACUAAUAAGCAAUGUACAGUGUAUUCAACACACCUCAAAAGCGCAAUGGCGCGGGAUCAUCCAAAGCAUCACCAUCCAAAGCGACACCAUCUAACCCACCACGAUUUAAAUCAACACCGUCUAGAGCACCAUCCAGACCAUCACCAUCCAAAGCAUCACCAACAAAGGUCGCUCUGAAUGGACUCUUUUCCGAUGGCAACUGGCAGUGUAAUUGCAACCCCAGACUACCGGCCGUAAGAUUCCAAGUCAAGAAAGACGGAGCAAAUAAAGGUCGAUGGUUCUACACAUGUCAAGAACCGAAAGAGUCUAGCUGCGGAUUCUUUCUAUGGGACGAUAAAGCUAAAGUAAGAGAGAUGGGUGCAGUCCUGAACAAUACAAGAACGGAGCCUCAUACGCCUGAAUCGCGCUCACCAGUGACUCCAUCGAAGGAUAAAAGGACGUUAGAAGGGCAUGCGAUCGCUAGUAAUAAAUGGCUUGAAGAUAUUGCGAAGAAGGAAGAUGAUGAGUUUGGGGUAUGGCCUUUAACUCGAGAGGAUGAGGAGAAAGUGGUUAAGACUGUCGAGAGAACGGAUCCUGGAAGCUUUCCAGAGACUCCAAGAAAGGGGGCGAUGGAUGCUAAGACAGUGACACCCGGAAGCAAAAGAAAGCGGGGAGAAGGAGAAAGUAACGGUGCCAACAUGUAUCCUACGCCUACGACAAAAGGUACAAGGGACGAAGACAUUUUUGGCACCCCUUCUACAAGCCGCAAGAGAAUAAAUGGUGGGAUGUGGGAUGGGAAUGAACGAUCCGUUUUAUUUAGUCCCGCGGAAACACCUUCUCCCAUGAGAUUCAAGGAUGCUACAAUGGGUCCACCUCCCAAGUUCAUGGCUUCUCCAUCAAAAAGUGGCACAGGGGAUUCGCCGCAAAAUUACGACAUGACGGAAGACAUUGUGAAUCUCCUCAAGGAUCAAAAUAUCGACGAUGGUGUCUCCGCUCAACUACGUCAAAUGUUAGCCAGGCAUGCACUUAAAAUAUCCGGUAUUGUGAAAGGUCGGGACAUCACACGCGUAGCUCUUAAAACCAAAGAUGCAAAGAUAGCAGAGCUUCAACAAAAAAUUGCUCACCUCGAACAUCAACAUAAUAUGGAUGAAUCAGUUAUCAAGCGUCUCAGAGCUCAAAAUGCCGGCUAGGAUUCUUUUGGCUUGGGCACGAGGGGGAAUUUGUACUCCAGGGAUUAUCGAGCGAAUCAACCCUCCAUAUCCCCGAUGCGAGUAUCAUUUGCAUUGGGAGUCAGCAUUUAGCUCUCCACGACAGCCUCCCUAACACGUCUAAUAUCCCACACA